GUCAAGCCGCUGAAACAACAAGCUGGGUUAAUCUUUGACUGUGUUGAAGUGUGAAGAUAUUUUGUAGGCUGCAGGUGCGUUGUGGUUGGCUCGUGUAUCUGCCCUAUUGAAGGGAAGUAAGGGCUGGCGGUGUAGUAGCUGCUGCUCCCAAGUCAAGUUAGCGAAACUAAAAGCCAGUGCGUUACCCAGAUCAUGGAUCGGCAGUAAGAGUGGACAGAUAUAUAGAUGCUGCUCAGUCCCGGUCGCAAACUCACAGCCGCCAGGGAACUGAGCACUUCAAUGGUGACCUGCAUUUGCAGCUUUACAUUGUGUUGUCGACCUCAAGAAUUGUUCCCAGUUUAAUUGUUGUUGCUAUUGCAGACAAUCAGGCCUAAAUACACGGAACAGGUAGUUUGUGAGGAGCUAGUGCAUUUUUUACAGAAUAGGGACAGACCUUUGCGGGCGAACAGGAAGCUCUUCCAAUGGCACUCCAAACCUGUCACAUGCCAUUUCCUCAAUGGGAAUUUGAUUUCCAGAAUUUGCAGUUACAGGAAGCAUCAGCGUUUGACCUGCAGGAUUUCAAAGAUGUGGAUAUCAUGUGUGACCCAACAUCGUUGAUGCAACCCAUGUCCAUGACAGAUGCAUACCUACCGUUUACUGACUAUGUGUCUCAUCUGGACGUGUGCAUUUCUUCUUCCAUGUCGGCUGCUCACAACUCUCUGAUUGAGAUGAAUCUGCAAACCGACCACACACACCCGCCUGAGCAGUUUUGGAGGGAUGUGGCUGAAGAAAAUCAGAAAGCUCUGGGAGAUGCUCUUGUGGAAAAUGAACAUUUGCAAGUCACUUUAAAGAGAAAGCAUUGUGAAAUAUUAUCACUGAAGGAGAGGAAUAUCCAGCUGAAAGAACUUGCUAGUAGGGCAAAACAUCUGGCAUCAAUCCUUGAUAAACUUAUAAAUCACGAUUGCCGGGAUACCCGAGACAGCACAUCUGAGAUUGUUCCCUCAACGUCCCCAGAUAAGCGGCAACGAGUUGAGGGAACCUAUUUUGAUACCCAGGAGAGUGAUAAAGUGGAUGAGAUCUUAAGAGACAUUUCAGAGAAAUGUAGUGCAGCAUUGGAAACAUUGAAUGAAACAAACUAUAAACAACUUAAAGCAUAUUGCAAUUCAGGAGAAGAAAGUUAUACUGAAGAACAGGAAACUAUCAACAUGUAUGGAAGCUUCAAUGGACUUAAGACAUCUACAGGCUGCAAUACAGUCAACUUAAGUGGCAGUGAGUUGGACGAUGAUGUGUCAUUUAAGACUUCAAUUCGUGAUCACUGCACAAUAAGAACAUUAGCAUUUCCUCAAGGUAAUGCAUUUACCACCAGGACACCCAGUGGUGGCUUCAAAUUCCGAUGGAUUCCAAAUUGAUUGGGAUGAUCAGCUAACUACUCUGACCAGUGGGACUUAAUUAAUUUUACUUUCAGUAAAUAAAAUACAUGAAGGAAUUCCAUGCAGCAUUCUUGCACUGCCAGCACUUAGAAGAUUAAAAUCUUCCUCAAAGGAAUUAUAUUUCAGAUCCACCAAAUAUUUUGCAACUAUUGGUAAAGGUGAUUUUCAUGUGUGUAUUCACUGUGUUAUACUUUACUUCAUUCGACUAUUAUUCACAAAAAAUCAGAACUGGAAAUAAAAUAAAGAUUUGAAUAUUUACACCACAUUCAAUACUCCAGGAUGGCCCAAUGCACUUUACAGCUAAUGAAGUAAUUUUCAAAAUGUACUCAUUGGUAGAAAGUUAAUAAUAUAGUAACUAAUUUGCACAUA